AUGAUGAACAUUUUGAGUGGGAUGAUGGGCAUGGGAGGUGGAUAUGGCGGACGGUAUAGUUGUACAAUGCGUGCCUAUUCUGCUGCAUUCAUCGAUGCCGAUUCGGCUAAAGUUGCUGAACUCAAUUAUGGUGGAAAGAUUUUACUACCCAAUUCCACUUUGGAUUACCUGAUACGUUACAAUGUGCCUUAUCCUAUGCUCUUUAAAGUGUCGUCAGUCAGUGAAAAUGCGCGAUCUACUAACUGUGGUGUUUUGGAGUUUUCUGCUCCAGAGGGAAAGUGUUAUCUUCCUCAGUGGAUGAUGAAGCAGUUGCGCAUCGAUGAGGGCGCUGAAGUUCGUGUAGACUCGGUCACACUUCAAGCAGCUACAUACGCGAAACUCAAACCGCAAUCACUUGAAUUCCUGAACAUCAGUAAUCCAAGAGCUGUGCUCGAAGUAGAGCUGCGAAAAUUUGCAUGUUUGACAAAAAACGACGUCAUCGCGGUUUUGUAUGCGGAUCAAGUACUCGAGUUUCUGGUCCAAGAAGUGAAGCCCAGUAAUGCUGUAUGUAUCAUCGAAUGCGAUCUGAAUUUGGAUUUCGACGCACCUGAAGGAUACGUCGAACAACCGACGUCCGGUAGAUCUGGCACUGGUUUCAAGCCUCCGGCACCGGCCGUAAAGGCAGUACCACCUCCGAGUGGUUCACAUUUCUCAGCAUUCAGUGGAUCAGGGCAACGUUUGGACGGGAAAAAGAAGCCUUCUUCAAACAGUCUUUGUGCUGACCAAGCCGAUGAUCUUCUUGACAACUUACAAGCAUUACCACCAGUCAUUUGCAUUGAUGAUUAUAAACCAGGUCAGCGUUUCGAUCUCUCUCCAGUGAAAUUUUAG